GUGACUGUCUUGUCAGUUGGCUGGCCUUUCCCAUUUCUAGGUCAUGUCACGUUGAUGUUAUUAAAGAUUACCUAAACAUUCAACAACCACGACUUGUUCUUGUCGUCAAGAUUUAAGGACUGCUGAGGGGAGAAACAAAAAGAAGAUGGCUGACUGGCCGCCAGUGGCUCCUGUUCGGCCCACUCUUUCACCCCAAGAGAGGGAAAGCACUUAUUUAAUGUUGGUGGACAUGUUUGUCGACAUUGUAGAACCGGAAAUCAUUCAGAUGGUGCUACAAAAUCGCAACUGGGAUGUGGAUGCAGCUCUUGAAGACAUAAUGAUGAUGACCAAUACUUCUCAACCGAGUUCAACUCAAAAUGUUAACAAAACGCUCAACGCCUCCAACCAAACGAAAACUAAAAGGAAUACAAGUGUGGCUCUUCAAGAGAAGAAUGUGCCAUUCGAUAAACUUAAAUCUUUUCAACCGUACAAUUUGGGCAAAAUGUCCGCAUAUCCACAAGACAGUCCACAGUCCAAACCUAGAAAACAAACUCCUGAAAAGCCUUUUCACAAUAAAACAUCCGAAACAAAAAAGCUAAACCAGCUGCAACUUCAACCGUUUAUCGAGCAGUAUAAUUUUAUCAAAACUACAAGGUCUCCUUUUGAUAGAGCUGUAAUGCUUGUAAAAGAUGGCGUGAAAGUGAUGAUAAUACUUAGAGGACCCCCAGGAUCUGGUAAAUCUUCAUUGGCUAAAAGGCUUCUCCUGGAGAGUGGAAUAGAGCCACCGACUCAUAAAAGACACAUUUUCAGCACAGAUGACUUCUUCGUACGAAAUAGAGUUUACAUGUUUGUCCCCGAACUGUUGAGUCAGGCGCACUCGACAAACCAACGAAAUGUGGCCGCAGCGAUCCGAGAAGAGGUUAGUCCUGUGAUAGUAGACAAUACCAAUACUCAGGCAUGGGAGAUGAGGGCCUACGCUGAUAUGGCUGUGUCGGCCGGUUAUGACCUUGAAAUACUGGAACCUGACACUUGGUGGUUCCGCAAGGGAUCUGCAAGUGAGUUGGAAAAGAGGAACAUUCACUCCGUGUCAAAAGCAAAGAUCAGACAAAUGUUGGAAAGAUACGAAAAGAAUAUCACACCCGAUUCACUUAUCAGGCAGUUUGAAUUGAAAUACCCUUUGUUAAAAAUGCCACCCCAGCCGACCCGUAAUUGUAAGUGGAGAGACAAAUUAAGCAAUCAGAGGAAUAAUAAACCAAAGAAAAAGAAAAUUGAUUUUAGUCCACAGCCUCAAAAUUUUGAAAAUAUUAACACAAUGUUUCAAUCAAUUCAUCUAAAUUCACCCGGGUUUUCACAAUUUGGAAAUGAUUUUGCUGUUCAGCAAAGUAGCUUUCCAAAUUUUUCUUUUCCCCCUCCAGUAAACACUACUGAGGCUGUUAAAGAGGGAAGUACAAUCUUUUCAAAUGGAGUAGCGACUAAAAAGGUCGCUCAAGUUUCUUCUAGUACUAAGAAUGGUGAUUCUAGCAAAGGUUUGUCCCUUGACGAAUCUGAUACCAACACUCUGUUUAAUGAUCUAGUCACAAAUUCAAACGGUUUUUUGAAAUCACUUAGUGGGUUUUCAAAUACUUCACAUGAUUCAGUCAAACCUCCACAACAGACCAAUGGCACUUUUCCAAGCAACAUUUUUCACCAAGGAAAAGACAACUUUGAUCUCAUGGCUGAAACCAAAAAACUACUAGAGGCUUUGAAUAGACCAACCUCUUCUCCUCUUAAACAAUCCCAAGGUCAAGUAGUGAGUGAAACUGAAAAAUAUGAUGAACAUCCCAAGGGGAAUGAGAAAGAAACGUUUAUGCCACACAGCCAACACACAGAGUCUUGUGCAGCCUAUGACUUUGUAGAAAAAAGUAAUUCAAGCUCCCAGGAAAACAUAAAUGUUGCACAAGGCUUGAUAGAGUCAAUCAUAGACAAGGCAGUUGGGCUGGAUGAUGAGAAAACUUUCAACUUGUCCAGUAGCAUCACCAACUCUGACAUGGUGGAUCAGGCAGAGGAGGAAGGGUUUAUGUGGGAUUAUGUUGUGGUAAAUUAUGAUGAAACAUUUACAUACCAAAGAACCAAUUCAAUCCCUAUUGGUUUACCAGUCACUAUAAAACAUAAUUUAGGAUCCAGUAAUGUUACCAGUGAGAUAAAUUCGGCAAUAGAGUAUCAAGGUCAUAAUGUAAACAUAAAUUCAGAAGAGGUUUAUGAAAGUGAUGGCACAACAAUUGAAAAUUACUCUUGUGAUAUUGCUUUUAGCUCUAACCAAAAAGAUCCAACAUUUUCUAACUGCUUGAAUGAUACUCCUGGAGACAGCAACAUUUUUCAGUCGGAGCUUGCUAAACAAUUAGGCCUCAACAUUCAUUCAGACAUUCCAGACAACAACGAGAACUUAGAUUCAGAACCAGCCAAAAUAUACUUGAAGGAAAUGGAAAGUGAAAAGACAGAAAACACAAGAGUUAAUGAUAAUCCUAAUCUGCUUGAGGUCAUGAAAGACAUGAUAUGCACUUCAUCAACAACAACUGUUAAUUCUUGCAAUUAUGACAGUACCACCUUAAGUAGUCUCGGGGACACUAAAUCACAAAAUAUUUCUGAAUCUAAUGUGAUCCCUGCAACCAUUGAAAAUCCCUUCAUAUCUGCUUCGUGUGAUCCGUUAGUUGAUUGGGAACCAAAGGAGAAUGCAGGUUCAAAUGAGAUUAAUGUCAAUGAAAAGGCACAGCCAAAACCAGCUCGUAAUCUUAGAAGACCUAAACUCUUGAUUAACGCAGCUGACCAUCAGUUUGUUGAAAACGAUUUCUCAAAAUACUUUGGAAAUUGGAAUACUGUUUCCAACCCAGCAGAUACUUGGGUCUCCGAAAAGCCAGUUGAUGAUUGUAGUAAUCUAAACAAUGAAGGUUCGCCUCUUCCUCAGAGAUUCAGUCCCCAACGUUGCAAGAUCUACAAGGAAGUAGUAGAUUCAUCAACAAACACCAACUACCUCGAUUUCAACCUUGUUAACGAAGAUAAUGUGGGUGGUGUAAAGAUUUUGAUAGGUAAUAUUAACAAUUUCUUUUGUGAGAAUGUUCCUAACGUGAAACAGAGCAUGGCAGAAACACUGUUUCUUGACAAAAGCACGAUGACAAUUGAAGAGUCACUGGCACCUCUUUGCAGUUAUGAUACAACUCAGAUUGAACAUUUGUUCCCGAAAAUACCACAGAAAUACAUUUUAGAUGUGGUAAAAAAAUGUCAAGGAGAUAUGGACUGGGCUGUAGACGUCUUGUUGGAUUCAGAACACAAUAUUGCACCUAUGAGUAUUGAAUCUGACGAUUCAGACAGUUCAAAUGAUGAAGUAGAAUGUGUUGAAACACCUUGUGAAAAUUACCAAAUCAAAAGUCCUAAACAAGAACCCAAAAUCCCAUUCAGUGAACUUACAGAAUUGAAGAAGCAACUUGAAAGCUCAGUGGUAUUUGAUCGGUCACAUUAUUCUGACAAGGUUUUAAAAGUUGUGAAACGCAAACACCCAGAGUAUGUUCAGUUGAUAGAAAAGAGUCCAGCACAUGACGAAAUGAUCGUCGACAGACCAGAAACAGCUGAUGGCUCACAAAACGGAUGCAAAACUGAAGACGAGGUUGAUGAGGUUGAAGAAGAGAGCAGCAGCAGUGGUUGUGAAGUUGAAACUGAAGACGACACCAUGGACUUGGUCAUGAACAAUGACUUGAUUCUCCAGUUGCAACAGAAAUUCGGUUCAUCGUCAUUACCCAAAAUCGCAGAUAUGACUCCUAUUGUCAAGCUACCAGUCAAGCUCGCUCGUGAGCUGUUUGGCUACAUAAUGGACUCACUACAAUCCGAUAUGGACCAGCAGCAGUCUCUAAUUGAAGAUAUGAUUGCCAAAGAUGAGGAAGUGGCCAGGUUCCUUCAAUCCCAGGACCAAUCCUCCAAACCCCAACUGAGGGAGGUGAUGGACAUGGAGAUAGCACUGGCCAUGCAGAGGGCUGACCAGGAGGAGUUGAACCAUACGACCAAUGAAGACACACUGGCAGCCAAGUUGUCCAAGAACAUCCUGCUAGAGAAGUUCCCGCAGGUGGACCCCAGAAUGUUGAAGGACGUUUUGAAGGCCCAUAACUACUCUCUGUCUGAAACAAUAACCUCCCUUACUCUUACACUGGGGGUGGAACCAGCCACAACCUCUCAGGAACAGCCCAAGCAACAACAGGAAGACAAGGAAAGAGUGACAUCAAUCAUAGUCUCGGACGAGGCUGGGGCUGCUUCAGACAGCGCUGCCAACCUGGCUACAGAGGCUGCGGCUCACCGUGCGCAGGCUGCUAGCUACUACGGUCUGCGUAUAGAUUGUCUCAACAAGGCUCACGAGGCCUUCCGCUCUGGCAACAAAACUGUGGCAACGUACUACUCUCAGCUGGCUCAGAUACACAAAGAACGUAUGGACCAGAGCAACAGCAAGGCUGCAGCCUGUCUCUUCUCCUCUCACAAGAGUGGAGCCAACACACUAGACCUGCACUUCCUACACAUCAAAGAGGCAGAAGUUGUGCUGGACAUGUUCUUGGACGAGGUGGUUACUUAUGUAACCGAGCGUAACAAGCGUCACCAGACGGUGUUCCUGAUCACUGGUCGAGGCCUCAGGAGUGUUGGUGGAGUUUCUCGCAUCAAACCCAUGGUGCAGCGGAAACUACAGUACCGGGGUAUUCGCUACAGCGAGGUCAACCCAGGGAUGUUGAGUGCCAUCGUACGUAACGUCACCCCUCUCAGCUACACGCUUUGAAUUGUUGUCAGAUUCUUUGGUGGAGUUUGCGAGAAACCCAAAAAGGACCAGAAUAGCAUAAUCUAUUUUUACCAACCCAAACUAGAUAAUUUUAAGGUACGUUGUAUUUUUGGUUGUGAAUUUUAAUCUUAGUCAUUUAAGUAAUCAUUUAUUUUAAAUGUCAUAUUAAUUUCAUACAUGGUAUAUCAAGUUUAUAACAGAUUAAUAUUAAAGCCAAGCUUCAUAUACCUUUUUAACACGUUGAGUGCGGCAUACAUUCAAACAGGCGCUCCCCAAUGGCGGUGAUGCCCGGACGAAGCUCCGGCGCGGCACCAAAACAGCAAACGCAAUUGGCAUGCAAAUCUUUCAAUCUGACGAAUAACAAAAGAGCAGAUUGUACUGCGUAACCCCGAUAGUGGACGUAGUUCGCUGAAACACCCAAAGGUAGCAGCACUGCCUGGAUCAUUAGUCAGUGUCUUUGUGGCUUGAAGAGAGAAAAUCCCCAAAACCGGGACUAAAGCAUUGUCAGACGGGAUUCUACGGGAAAUUUUAGUACCAGCCUAUACCAAAAUGAAGCUCACAUUCUAAGCUACAGGCUAGCAACGAUUAUAACGUUCCCCGGCAAUGGCUAAGCUCAUACUGAACUAAUAUAGUGAGGAAGGCGCAACUACAUCUAUUGAUGUAGGCCGUUAGGAGAGCUCGUGGCGCGACUACAUCAAUUGAUGUAGUCAGCACUCAACGUGUUAAGAAAUAGCUGUAGUAAAUAGCAACGUUUCAAAUAAGACAUGAAUUUAUUAUUGUGGAUAUUCAACUACAUUUAUCAUUUACUGUUAUAGUUGAAAAUUUAGAUUAGUCCAUUUGGUUUUAAUAAAAAAAUUAGUACUUUUGACACAAUGAAGUUAAAAUAAAAUGUUUAAAGUAAAUGUUUUUUCUUUAACUACUUACUAAAACAGUGUACAAGUAGAGACAUGUAUAUAUUUUAAAUUAUUUUGUAUCCAUUAUAAAUUAUAAAUAUUACGUUAAACAUGUGGUUGAUAGUGCACACAACGUUGAUGAUUGAAAAAAUGCAAAAUCAAAAUGUGAAAUGUUUUUAUUUAAUCAGAAUUUUAGUUAGAAUUACGUUGUGUGUUGAAAUUCCUAUUUAAUUUUGAUGCAAUUCUCCUUAAGUCUUUAAUAGCUAGAAGACAAUACUCGUGUUUUGUGAUUAUUUUAUUUACCAAAUAAAUAAUCUUAUAUAUUAAUUAUGUGUUUAAUGUGGCUGUCUCUUUUAAAAUAAAUUUUAAUAUAACAGAUUUUUUUAGUAUAAAUUUUUAACUAUAUCAUCUCUACCUAAAGUAAGAUUAUAUUAAGUUUACUGAUCAUUGUUUUCAGAGAUUGUUAUAUAUUUUUGUAUUUCCGCUUUUAAUGCUUAAUUUAGAGUGAUUUGUCUAGUUAUAACUAUUUUUACUGCCAACUAAUUGGUUAUUAAGUGUGUGACCUGAUUCAAAUAAUUAAUUAAUCAUAAACCAUAUCUUACGCAUAAUAUUGUACACGUUGUUGCAAAUGAACUGUUUUGAUACUGCUUUACAAGUAUCUUGCUUUUAACCCACUGGCAUACUUGCACAAACAUUUCCGUCAUACUGCUAAUACGCUUUGGCAUUCGUAGACGUAACUGUUUCUUUCUGGGACUUUGCUACUAGUUCGACUUUAUUCCAAGAGAUCGCAGCACUUGUCAGGUCAAUAAUUAUUUCCCUUCUAUCCGCAAUAGUUUAUUGUGUGUAACCAUAGUUUCUUUGGUUGCCUAAUCUGUUUUGGAAAAUAAUAUUGUUAAACAACAAGUUCGAGUUUUGAGGUUAUGCUUUAUUUCAAUCUGCCAUGACUGUUCGUUCAAGAUCGAGUGAAAAAGACCAGUAUAGGUCUACAGAUAGUUUCAAAUUCUUUCCAAGCAAGAAGAUAAAGAUUUAAGACAGAAUACUAAUGUAUAAGAAAGUUAUGAUUGUUUUGUAAAAAAGGAAUUCCUGUGUGUAGUGCAAUAAUUAGGUAGUGCAAUCUAUUUGCCACUGGGUAAAAUCAAGAGAUGUAAUUUUCAAAGAUACACUCUAUAUUGUUUCAUCAUAACUGUAUUUCAGGGUUUAAUGAAGGUUUAAAAUAACUUACCUGAUGAAUUGUAAAGCUAUUAAAUCAUUUUAUUAAAAUCAUGUUUGAAACCUAA